AAACGGAGAAACGGUAACCUUCCUGCAUUUCAAGCAGGAUGCCUUUGAGGCUGAUUUAAGAGCCAAGGGCAUGGAUGUGCGCUUCCUGGCCAACUUUUCCAGCGCACUGCGCCUUAUUCCCAACGCAAAAAAUUCUCGUGAUGUUCGUCUGUCCGGACGCUCGUUGAAAGCUUCCGCUGUCCCUGUUCACCACAUUUCAAAGAGGGUUCUGGAACUAUUAGGGCAGUUUGGCAUCUCGGCCGGCACCACCAAUGUCGCAGAUCGGACAAUUAAUGUUGCUGACAAGACUUUAGAGGAACCAAAAACCGCUGAGCAAACGAAGCAGAACGACGUCGUUCCACGUGUUCUGGCAUUCCACACAAUUGAGGCUACUGCCUCGAUGGAUGAAGCAUCAACCGCGGCCCCAUCUAUUGAACAAGAAACAGAAAUGUUCCCUUCAACAUCCGAACGAGUUCCUGCUUCAGAACGUUUGCCUUCGCCAGUAAAUCCUCAAAGUAGCGGACCAGCGCAUGUCCAGGAAGCUGAAACUGUGUUGGACAAUGACCGUUUCGAAGAAGGAUGUGCGCCGGUUACACGAGCAAAAAAGCCUAAGGUUCAAGAGGUUUUAAACGACGAUCGCGCGGUGAUGAGUAGUGCAGCCACAAUCAUGUGCAUUUAUAAAAGCUAUUGCGUAAACGAUUCACUGAUGUAG